AUGGCGGGCGGGCGGCUGUCUCUGCCGCCGCCUCGAGUGAGCCUCGUCUCGCUCUUCGUCUACUCGAGCCUCGUCUCGUGUGCCGCCUCGUGGGCGGAGUGGCGGGCGGGCGGCUGUCUCUGCCUCUGCCUCGAGUGCGCCUCGUCUCGGGCGGCUGUCUCCGCCGCCGCCUCGAGUGAGCCUCGUCUCGCUCUUCGUCUACUCGAGCGUCGUCUCGUGUGCCGCCUCGUGGGCGGCGUGGCGGGCGGGCGGCUGUCUCCGCCGCCGCCUCGAGUGAGCCUCGUCUCGCUCUUCGUCUACUCGAGCCCCGCCUUGUGUGCCGCCUCGUGGGCGGCGUGGCGGGCGGGCGGCUGUCUCUGCCGCCGCCUCGAGUGA